CUGGUGCACUCGCUGUCCACAAAGCGCCAGCUGAGGGGCCGCUGCCGGAGGAGUGCGGCGGAGCCUGCCUUGCUACCGCAGCUUGACCCGCGGCCUGCCGCCCCGCGUCUGCGCCGCGUUCCUGCGCGUCCCGAGCCCCGACGGCCGCGUGAGUCCCGUCCGUGCGGGGAAGGCAGGGCCGGGUCGGCGCCGCCUGUGGAGAGGACCCGGCGGCCGGGCCUGCGUGGGGCCGAGCGCAGCGGCAGUGGCGGCGGCGGAGACUUCCGAGGCCCGGGCCAAACAUCGCAGGGCCAUGGCUGAGGCGGCCCCGGCCCCGACAUCUGAAUGGGACUCCGAGUGCCUUACAUCCCUGCAGCCCCUUCCUCUUCCUACACCCCCAGCAGCAAAUGAGGCACACCUGCAGACAGCAGCUAUCUCUCUGUGGACAGUGGUGGCCGCCGUGCAGGCUAUAGAGAGGAAGGUGGAGGUCCACAGCCGGCGACUCCUACACCUAGAAGGUCGGACAGGGACAGCAGAGAAGAAACUAGCCAGCUGUGAAAAGACAGUUACCGAGCUUGGGAACCAGUUGGAGGGCAAGUGGGCUGUGCUGGGAACCCUGCUGCAGGAGUACGGGCUGCUGCAGAGGCGGCUGGAGAACCUGGAGAACCUGCUGCGCAACAGGAACUUCUGGAUCCUGCGGCUCCCUCCAGGUAUUAAGGGAGAUAUCCCAAAGGUGCCUGUGGCAUUUGAUGAUGUCUCCAUCUACUUUUCCACUCCAGAGUGGGAAAAAUUAGAAGAAUGGCAAAAGGAACUUUACAAGAAUAUCAUGAAAGGCAACUAUGAGUCUCUCAUCUCCAUGGAUUAUGCUAUAAAUCAACCUGAUGUCUUAUCUCAGAUUCAACCAGAAGGGGAACAUAAUACAGAGGACCAGACAGGGCCAGAGGAAAGUGAGAUUCCCGCAGACCCCACUGAAGAGCCUGGUAUUUCAACAUCAGAUAUUCUGUCUUGGAUUAAACAAGAAGAAGAGCCUCAGGUUGGGGCCCCACCGGAGUCCAAGGAAGGUGACGUGUACAAAAGCACUUAUGCUGAUGAAGAGCUUGUCAUCAAAGCUGAAGGCCUUGCUAGAUCCUCGUUGUGCCCUGAAGUUCCAGUCCCUUUCUCUUCUCCACCAGCAACAGCAAAGGAUGCUUUUUCAGAUGUGGCUUUCAAAAGCCAGCAGUCUACAUCCAUGACACCUUUUGGACGUCCAGCCACUGACCUGCCUGAAGCCUCUGAGGGACAAGUGACUUUUACUCAGUUGGGUAGCUAUCCCCUCCCACCUCCAAUUGGCGAGCAGGUGUUCUCAUGCCACCACUGUGGCAAGAGUCUCAGCCAAGACAUGUUGCUGACCCACCAAUGUAGCCACGCUACUGAGCACCCCUUACCCUGUGCCCAGUGCCCUAAGCACUUUACUCCACAGGUGGACCUCAGCAGCACCUCCCAGGACCAUACCAGUGAGACGCCUCCCACCUGCCCACACUGUGCCAGGACUUUCACUCACCCAUCAAGACUUACCUACCAUCUUCGGGUCCAUAACAGCACUGAGCGUCCUUUCCCCUGUCCUGAUUGCCCCAAGCGCUUUGCUGACCAGGCUCGACUCACCAGCCACCGGAGAGCCCAUGCAAGCGAAAGGCCCUUCCGCUGUGCCCAGUGUGGCAGGAGCUUCAGCUUGAAAAUCAGCCUCCUGCUCCACCAGCGGGGUCAUGCACAAGAGCGCCCUUUCUCCUGCCCUCAGUGUGGCAUUGACUUCAACGGCCACUCAGCCCUUAUCCGUCACCAGAUGAUCCACACAGGCGAGCGUCCUUACCCCUGCACUGACUGCAGUAAGAGCUUCAUGCGCAAGGAGCACCUGCUGAACCACCGGCGGCUGCACACGGGCGAGCGUCCCUUCAGUUGUCCUCAUUGUGGCAAGAGCUUCAUCCGCAAGCACCACCUCAUGAAACACCAGCGCAUCCACACCGGGGAGCGGCCCUACCCCUGCUCCUACUGUGGCAGGAGCUUCCGCUACAAGCAGACACUCAAGGACCACUUGCGUUCGGGCCACAGUGGAGGCUGUGGGGGUGAUACUGACCCAUCGGGUCAGCCCCCCGACCCACCAGGUCCCCUCAUAACUGGGCUUGAAACUUCUGGCCUGAGUGUCAACACUGAAGGUUUAGAGGCCAACCAGUGGUAUGGGGAAGGGAGUGGAGGGGGAGUUUUGUAAAUCCAAAUCUCUGUGGCUUCAUGGUUGUAUAUGCUCACAGCAGGGUACAAAAUCCAAGAGAAAGUCUGUGAGCCCCAUCCGACACCCACAGUAAUUAUUACCUGGUACAUCACUGAAUUUAGGGUCCUAUACACUUGACUAGAGACAUGGUUGUGGUUUGGAAUUUCACACACUUACAAGAAUACCACAUUUUGAAACCCAGAAAGACCUGGAAGGGGGCCCAGCACCUCCAUCUUUUCAAAGAUACAACAAAAGCAGAAGUUACAAGAAUAUUGUGGAGAGGUUGGAAAGCAGGAUUUAACCUCUGGUUCUCUUGUUCUCAGAGAACAGCAGGUUGAUAGUAGAUUAUGUCUCUAGGUAGAGACAGGUACAUGGGAAGAGUCUCCAAAACUGGAAGCCCAUCAUGAGGCAUGAGAAUGUUUAACUAUAAAGCCUUUUAUUAGCUCCUUGAUAGCUAAGAUGGUUGUUGGAGAAAGUGCUUAAGCCACUGUUUAUGUUGCUGCCUCCUCUCUCAAAACCAGCCAAGACCUGUUCACAAGCCUCUGUGGCUGCCUUUCCCUGAAACAUGGUAACUCAAGACUGCCUGCCUAGGUUUCUUAGAUUAAUUCUUCACGUACAUUUUGUUUAAUAUUGGUUGAAUAUGAAAUCUGACUUUAAAAGAUUA